AUGGCUUUCGUAUUUCAUACUCUAUCCUCAGGUUCUGGCUUCGAUGCCCCGCUGCGUGAAGCAAUUACUAUGGCCCAACACAAUGUACUUUUCAUGCCCGCACGAGUGCAGGGAUUAGGGACCAGCAUCAAGGUGGUCUCAAUUCCGCGUCAUCCUGCUGAUCAAGGCGGGCUUCCUGCGUCCAGCCUGGUUCUGGACGAAAACACAGGCGGCAUACGUGCAAUCGUUAACGCAAGGCAACUAACAGCUCUUCGUACAGCUGCUGGUUCUCUGCUUGCUACACGUCUUCUCUUGUCUGUUCGAGACCCAACCACGCUCCUUGCUUUCGGAGCAGGCAAGCAAAUCGAGGCUCACGUGGAUCUCCACCUUCGUGCCUAUUCGACUAUCAAAACUUGCACGAUAGUCAACAAGUCAAACAAUCAAAGACUCGCUGACCUUAUCAUCCGCCUGAAGUCAGCUCAUCCAACAGUCACAUUUCAGUUUCUCAUUUUGAAGGAUGACAUCGCUGGACUGGAACAAGUUACCCGUGCAGCCAACAUCAUAUGCACGGCCACAUCUUCAACGGAGCCACUUUUCGAGGCGAAAUGGGUUUCUCCGGGGACACAUCUCAAUCUCGUUGGGAGCUACACGCCUGAAAUGGCAGAAGUCUCUUCAGAGUUGCUACACCAGGCUGGAAAAGUAGUCGUGGACUCCAGAGAAGCAUGCAUGUCUGAGGCCGGAGAGCUCAUAAAGGCCAGGUUUAAUGAAGAGGACGUGGUUGAAAUUGGAACGCUGGUCCAUUUUGACAACGACUCACCAGAUGCUGACUACAAGAAGGUUCACGCGUUGUGUGACGAGGUAAGACAGGCUGGUGAAAUCACUAUAUUCAAGAGCGUGGGCGUAGGAUUGCAAGAUGUAGCCAUCACGAAUAUGGUGGUGAAUCUUGCGGGAGAGAUUAGUACUCGCUUUGACUCCUAUGACUAA